CUCUUUCCGUCGCCCUGUAUGACGUCACGCGCCACUCAGUGUGACGGUUUGCUGAAAAUUCUUCACGUUAACAAUUCCAACACUGAGAGACAAACAAAGGGUUACCCACAGCAGAUUGGUCAUUCUGGAACACAGAUCUCCAGACAUCGAAGCACUAAGGGUGACCGAGAAACACAUCUCCACCUCGCCAAGAUCACAGUGCUGGGAGGAGUUGAGAUUUUGUGAGAAAAAGAAAAACAAACACUACUGUUCACUUGAACAUCUCAAUGGAUAUGAAACAGGAGACCUGUGAUGUAGACACAAAUAUCAUGGAGAUAACUGUAAAUAUUAAAGAAGAGGACUGUAAGUGGAAGCCCAUCUACCCUAAACAUGAAUGUCUGAACAUUAAGGAGGAGGACAGUGAACUGUGGCCAGUGGGCAUUAAAGAAGAAGCUGACGAGUGUUCUCUUAGUAUUGAGACGCAUGACCAUACAAAUUUGAAGAGUGUAAAAGAAGAUGACCUUCAUGAUGGGAAUCAAGAUGGAGUGGUGACAGGGUUAGACUCUUCUCAAAACAGACACUGUUCAUCUCCAGAGCCUUCUAUCAAUGUGAAGUCUGAAUCAUUACAGUCUCAACUAAAAAGGACUGAGGAAGCUACAUCUGUUAGAACUCGUAAACAUCACCCACCACCUGCAAGGAAGUCUGGGAAAAGAAACAAACAUCACUGCUGUUUGGAAUGUGGCAAAGGAUUCUCUGGCAGGAGUGCUCUUCAGAAACACAUUAGAAUUCACACCGGAGAGAAGCCAUAUUACUGUAAUGAAUGUGGUAAACAGUUUUCAGAAAUAAGCAAUCUUCAGAAACACACAAGAGUUCACACUGGAGAGAAGCCGUAUUGCUGUAGUGAAUGUGGCAAACAUUUUUCACAAAUGAUCGAUCUUCAGAGACACACUAGAAUUCACACUGGAGAGAAGCCGUAUUGCUGUAAUGAAUGUGGCAGGCAGUUCUCUGACCGAAGCAGUUUUCAGAUCCACACAAGAAUUCACACUGGAGAAAAGUCAUAUUGCUGUUUGGAAUGUGACAAAAAAUUCUGUGACAUGAGUUCUCUGUGGAGACACACCAGAAUUCACACCGGAGAGAAGCCAUAUAUCUGUAAUGAAUGUGGCAAACAGUUUUCACAAAUGAGCAACCUUCAGAGACACACAAGAAUUCACUCGGGAGAGAAGCCAUAUUGCUGUAAUGAAUGUGGUAAACCGUUUUCAGAAAUAGGCAGUCUUCAGAGACACACUAGAAUUCACACGGGGGUUAUGCCAUAUUGCUGUAAUGAAUGUGGCAGACAAUUCUCGAACAGGAGCAGUUUUCAGAUCCACACAAGAAUUCACACCGGAGAAAAAUCAUAUUGUUGUUUGGAAUGUGACAAAAAGUUCUGUGACAUGAGUUCUCUGCGGAGACACGCAAGAAUUCACACUGGAGAGAAGCCGUAUAACUGUAAUGGAUGUGGUAAACAGUUUUCACAAAUGGGCAAUCUGCAGAGACACUCUAGAGUACACACCAGAGUAAAAACAGUAGCAGGUCAAAAAUCAGUCCAGAAAAACAACCACACUUCAGGCCUCAAGAGUGACGUUCACUCUAAUCCUAAAAAGUAAGCAAACUAAACCGUUGUUGAGAAAUUAAUUCCUGAGACCUUUAAUAGAACAGAGAUCAUAUGAUUUGGAGGAAUUAAUUUCAUAUUACUUUUUGGAAUGUGGCAAACACUUCUGUCAGAGGAGUUCUCUUCAGAGACACACUAGGAUUCACACCGGAGAGAAGUACAACUGAACUGGCCUGACUAAAGACUAAAGAGUGAGGU